AGUGACACAAAAUUGUGAAAUUCCGUAACGAUAUAAUUCGAGAUAAUCGAAAUUAUAUGAAAAAUAGUUAUUCUUCGAAGUGCAGCCAAACGUAUCUACCUAUUCAUGCCAAGUACAUCUAGUAAAACAUCAACAUCCGCUUUUUACCUCUUCUGAUAUUUGACAAACGCGAUUUUGUACUAAAUUUUACUAUUCGCUCAUUUUAAUCCUUACAUAUUGCACUCCGUCUUGAAUCCUCAUGAUGCUUUUGUGCUUAUAUGGAAUAUUGGUGAAUUUGUUUUUGUUCUUGCCUGAAACUUUUGCUUCAUUUUCUCAUGGAUCUUUCCUAUUUCAUUCAAAAUAUCCAAGAAUUAUGACCAUGGGCAGAGAUGAUAUGGUUUCUCCUGAGCCAAUUCCAUCUUCUCCAACAACAAAUACCCCAAUAUCUACAGAAACCACACAAAAUCAUAUUUUAACACCCAGCCCAACUUCACCUCCCAUAACUACAUCUGAAAUUCCAUCAACUCCAAAUAGAAAUGGUGAUUCAAAAGCUGUAAAGAAAUGCAACGAAUAUCACGAUUGGUUGAUUAGAAAGUCGACAUUCCAAUUUUUUAUCAUCAAAGGAACACCUGCUAUGGAAAAAGAAUUUCCACAUAUGGCUGCUCUGGGCUUUGGACAAGAGGACAACAUUCAGUGGCUGUGUGGUGGAAGCCUUAUUUCUGAGAACUAUGUUUUAACUGCGGCUCACUGUUUAAAAUCAAUGGAAUUAGGCCCUGUGAAUUGGGUAAAAUUGGGCGAGAUCAAUUUAGCCGCAAAGAACUCAGAAACUGCGCAAAUGUUUUCUGUGGUGGAAAGAAUAUCUCAUCCAAAUUAUUCAUCGACGUCGAAAUAUAACGACAUCGCUUUAUUGAAACUCGAUAAGCCUGUACAAUUCUCUGAAAAUGUCCUGCCAAUAUGUCUUUCGACAUCAGCAUCGGAUAUCAACCAGAAACUAAUUGCCACAGGUUGGGGUAAAACUGAAGUAAAUGGACCUAGAAGCGAUGCUUUGUUGAGAGUUAAUCUCGAAUAUUUUUCCAAUCCUAUUUGCAACAACGCUUACGCUGAUGUUUCUAAGAAGGAUCUGCCUGAAGGGGUUUCUGAAGAAAAGCAAAUUUGUGCUGGUAGUAAAACCGACAGCAGGGAUACUUGUCAGGGAGAUUCAGGUGGACCUCUGCAAAUAAAUACAGACAAGUUAUAUCUGGUCGGGAUAACAUCUAUUGGAAAAAUGUGUGGACUUCCAAACACUCCAGCAAUUUACACCAAAGUCCUGUAUUAUGUUCCUUGGAUCGAACAAAUUGUAUGGAAAGAUAAUUGAUCGAUUGAUUAACUAACAUUUUUCAACAAGAGUAUUUGUGCAGUUAUAGGUACUAUUUAUAAUGAUUUUUUUACCCAACUCCUUUCUCAAUAAAAAUAUUCCUUCUCCA